AUGAAUAAAGGAAUUACAAUUUUGUCCGGUUUCCGGGCACUUUUUUUCUUUUCUCGCGUACAUUCUUUGACUUUCUUUUUUUAUUCCUAUCUAUCUAUCUAUCUAUCUAUCUAUCUAUCUAUCUAUCUAUCUAUCAAUAUCUAUCUAUCAAUCUAUCUAGCUAUCUAUCUAAUUCUGUUAAUAUCUAUCUAUCUAUCUAUCUAUCUAUCUAUCAACAUUCAUCUAUCAAUCUAUCUAGCUAUCUAUCUAAUUCUGUUAAUAUCUAUUCAUUCAUCUAUCUAUUCAUCUAUCUAUCUAUCUAAUUCUGUUAAUAUCUAUCAUUCAUCUAUCUAUCUAAUUCUGUUAAUAUCUAUCUAUCUAUCUAUCUAUCUAAUUCUGUUAAUAUUCAUUCAUCUAUCUAUCUAUCUAAUUCUGUUAAUAUAUCUAUCUAUCUAUCUAUCUAAUUCUGUUAAUAUUCAUCUAUCUAUCUAUCUAUCUAAUUCUGUUAAUAUUCAUCAUUAUCUAUCUAUCUAUCUAAUUCUGUUAAUAUCUAUUUAUCUAUCUAUCUAUCUAUCUAAUUCUGUUAAUAUUCAUUAUCUAUCUAUCUAUCUAAUUCUGUUAAUAUCUAUCUAUCUAUUCAUUCAUCUAAUUCUGUUAAAUUCAUUCAUCUAUCAUCUAUCUAUCUAUCUAUCUAAUUCUGUUAAUAUCUAUCAUUCAUCUAAUAUCUAUCUAAUCUAUCUAUCACUUUCAGUCUGUUUAUAUCUGUCUAUCUAUCUAUCUAUGUCUUAUUCACCAUUAUUUAGUUUUGAAACAAUUUAUCUCGUCUUCAUAUUUGUUGUGCUAUCAAACUGUUAUCUAUCUAUCUAUCUAUCUAUCUAUCUAUCUAUCUAUCUAUCUAUCUAUCUAUCUAUCUAUCUAUCUCAUCUAUGUUCUUAUCUAUCUAUCUAUCUAUCUAUCUAUCUAUCUAUCUAUCUAUCUAUCUCAGUCUGUUCUUAUCUAUCUAUCUAUCUCACUUUAAUAAUAUCUAUCUAUCUAUCUCACUUUAAUAAUAUCUAUCUAUCUAUCUCACUUUAA